UAUUUCCAUCUGGGUUUUUUUGCAUUUUCCAUUCUCCAUACAAUCUCUUCAUCUCACUCUUGUUUUUGCUUACUCUGUCAAGAUAUUUAUCUGCUGCCGUUGAUUUCCUGUUGCGGUUUUUCUUUUUUUUUGGGUAAGGUUCUGUUACUGUCAUUUAUUUGUAGGGGUUUUGAUUUUCUUUUUCUAGGGAGAAUGGAGGAUUCAGGGAAGAAAGUGUUGAUUACCACAAAUGGAGACGAGAUUUCGCACAACAUAGCGCUUCAUCUUGCCAAACAGGGCUGCAGGCUGGUUUUGAUGGGUGACAAGAACAAUUCACACAAUGUCGCCGAGAAACUAACCGGAGCUCUGAACGGUGUGGCCCCGGUGGAGGUGGUUGGAAUAGACAUGGAAGAGGAGAACCAAGAUGCUUUUGACAUGGCUGUGGAUAAGGCAUGCAAGAUGCUUGGAAAUUUGGAUGCUUUUGUGCACUGUUAUUCUUAUGAAGCAGGGGAGAUGCAAGACCCUCUACAGGUAUGUGGAGAUGAGUUCAAAAAGAUAGUGAAGAUAAAUUUCAUGGCUUCAUGGUUUCUGUUAAAGGCUGUGGGGAGAAGAAUGCGCGAGGGUAACUCGGGCGGCUCUAUUGUGUUCUUGACAUCCAUCGUUGGUGCUGAGCGGGGACUUUAUCCGGGAGCUGCUGCAUACGGUUCUUGUUUAGCUGGCGUGCAGCACUUAGUCAAGGCAUCGGCUAUGGAAAUCGGAAAGUACAAGAUCAGAGUGAACGCGAUUGCCCGUGGCUUGCAAUUACAGGAUCCGUAUCCGGUAUCGGUGGGGAAAGAGAGAGCAGAGAAAUUGACAGCAGAUGUCAUACCACGGCAGAGAUGGCUUGAUGCAAAAAACGACCUGGCUUCGACCGUAAUCUAUCUGAUCAGUGAUGGGUCGCGCUACAUGACUGGGACGACUAUAUUUGUGGAUGGGGGACAGUCUAUAACAAGGCCUCGCAUGCGCUCUUAUAUGUAGAGCGAGUCGUUGGAAUUCGUCAUUGGUGUGGAUCAAUGGCUGCUGAUGCUGAGGUCUUUAACCCUUCUAGAUCCUCUUGUAGAUGAAAGGCUAAGAAAAAAUGGUGUAUUGUUAUUGAUUGCUUAAAUUAAAUGAAAUUAAA